AUGACUGUGGCAGAAGUUUUGUCUCGCAGGCGGGAGACUCCAAAUGCAAAAUCUCACGACCGUACCUUACGUCGAGUGAUUCCAUCGUAUCCGUUACAUCGUCGAAUGAGCAAAUUGGAAAUACUUCGCGGUGCUAUUCGUUACAUUGCCCUGCUGAAGUUCCUACUCAACAAUGGUAAAGCCGAUCGCCUCCAACGGAUCGCGGCUCGAUAA